AUGCCCGCCGCCGACGCACGCUCCGAGGCCCGUGUCUCCAACUACACCAAGUUCUGGAAGAAGGACUCUGCCGCCGACGGCAACACCGACCGCUCUAACCGUAUCGACAAGUACACCGACCUCGUCAACGGUUACUAUGACGGUGCGACCGAGCUGUACGAGUACGGCUGGGGCCAGUCGUUCCACUUCUGCCGCUUCUACAAGGGCGAGCCGUUCAUGCAGGCGAUUGCGCGCCACGAGCACUACCUCGCGUCGAUGAUGGAGCUCAAGCCCGGCAUGCGCGUCCUUGACAUUGGGUGCGGUAUCGGUGGCCCAGCGCGUGAGAUUGCGCGUUUCGCAGACGUCGAGAUUGUUGGUAUCAACAACAACGAGUUCCAGGUCGGGCGUGCGCGCAACAAGACUGCCCGUGCCGGUCUCCAGGACCAGAUCAAGUUUGUCAAGGGCAACUUUAUGGCUCUCGAGGAGCAGUUUGGCCCCAACAGCUUUGAUGCCGUCUACGCCAUUGAGGCGACGUGCCAUGCGCCUACCUUUGAGGGCGUCUACGGCGAGGUCAUGAAGGUGCUCAAGCCCGGAGGCGUCUUUGGCGUGUACGAGUGGUGCAUGACCGACGAGUGGGACGAGUCCAAGCCCGAGCACAAGAAGAUUGCGCACGGCAUCGAGGUCGGCGACGGUAUCCCCGAGAUGCGCACUCUCCACGCCGCCCGCAAGGCGCUCAAGGGCGUCGGCUUUGAGAUCCUCCACGAGGAGGACCUUGCCGCCCGUGACGACGCUGUGCCUUGGUACUACCCUCUCGAGGGCGACAUUUUCAAGGCCCAGACGGCUUGGGACAUGCUCACCUGCUUCCGCACAAGCCGCAUCGGUAAGAUGAUCACGCAGAACUCUGUGUGGGGCCUCGAGAAGAUUGGUAUGGUCCCGAAGGGCACGUACGAUGUCGGCGAGAGCCUCAUCACUGCCGCUAACGCCCUCAUUGCGGGCGGCAGGACGAAGCUCUUCACCCCCAUGGCACUCUGGGUGUGCCGCAAGCCUAACUAG